GCGUGUCGUGCGUUGCGGCUACACGGCUGCUCGCUGUAUCUGUGCCCAGGUGCGUGCUGAGUGGGUCUGUGCCUUUGGGCUUUGCACUUCGUAGCCGUACCUCGGCCGCUUGAGCCGGUCUACAUUCGUGUUUCAGUGCGUGAUUCUUUUUGGUUUUGGAGAGCAAAUUCCUGAAAGAAUUGCUAGGCCCGCCUGCUCCCACCCGGCUGACACCGAGGCUGGUCACCUUCUCUCAGCAGCCUGGAGCCCAGGCCCUGGCUACCAUGGGGCUGCCUCCAGGUCCAGCUACCCUCCCGCACACACUGCUGCUCCUGCCAGCCCUUGUGAGCUCAGGUUGGGGGGAGUUGGCACCACAAAUUGAUGGUCAGACCUGGGCUGAGCGGGCACUUCGAGAGAAUGAGCGCCAUGCCUUCACCUGCCGGGUGGCAGGGGGCCCUGGCAUGCCCCGAUUGGCCUGGUACCUGAAUGGGCAGCUGCAGGAGGCCACCACCUCAAGACUGCUGAGCGUGGGCGGGGAGGCCUUUUCUGGAGGCACCAGCAUCUUUACUGUCACUGCCCAGAGGGCCCAACAUGAGCUCAACUGCUCCCUGCAGGACCCAGGCAGUGGCCAGUCAGCCAAUGCCUCUGUCAUCCUCAACGUGCAAUUUAAGCCGGAGAUUGCCCAGGUUGGGGCCAAGUACCAGGAAUCUCAAGCCCCAGGCAUUCUGGUUGUCCUGUUUGCCUUGGUGCGUGCCAAUCCACCUGCCAACGUCACCUGGAUAGACCAGGAUGGGCCAGUGACCGUCAACACCUCUGACUUCCUGGUGCUGGAUGCUCAGAACUAUCCCUGGCUCACCAACCACACAGUGCAGCUGCAGCUCCGCAGCCUGGCACACAAUCUCUCCGUGGUGGCCACCAAUGAUGUGGGUGUCACGAGUGCCUCACUUCCAGCUCCAGGGCUCCUGGCCACCCGGGUGGAAGUGCCACUGCUUGGCAUCGUUGUGGCUGGAGGGCUUGCCCUGGGCACCCUAGUGGGGUUCAGCACCUUGGUGGCCUGCCUGGUCUGCAGAAAAGAGAAGAAGAUCAAAGGCCCCUCCCGACGUCCAUCUCUAAUCUCUAGUGACUCCAACAACCUGAAACUCAACAACGUGCGCCUGCCACGGGAAAACAUGUCCCUUCCUUCCAACCUUCAGCUCAGUGACCUCACUCCAGAUCCCAGAGGGAAACCAGUAGACCGACCAAUGGCUCGGAACAGCAGCCGGCCGGAGCUUCUGGAACCUGAGCCUGGGGGCCUCCUCACCAGCCGAGGUACUGGGGAAGGGCCUGCUGCUUUCUCCUCUGUGCCCAGCCUUGUGCUUGUGCCAAAGGCCUCUGAGUGCCAAUGGGCAGAGAGGGCUCCCUCAGGUUCCAAGGAACAAGGGUUACUGAGCCCCCUGGGGACCUUUGAUCCUGCAGGCUUCAUCCGCCUCCCAAUGCUGGGCUAUAUCUAUCGAGUGUCCAGUGUGAGCAGUGAUGAAAUCUGGCUCUGAACUGAGGGUGAGAUAGGAGGGCCCCUGUGGCUCCUGCACAUCCCUGAACAGUCUGCCCCCCACUUCUCCAAGUCAUCCUUUGCCUGGCCAUGCAGCCAACACGAAAAGGCCAUGCCACUGCCACCUGCUAGCCCUCCUGGCUGGGGUACCCUGUGGACAAUGCAUGAGGCAUUUCACUGGAAUUGGGCCACAAGGCGCAGAUAUCCUUGGCAAGGUGCCAGCUAGAACUAAGUCCUUGUGCUUAGAGUGGAAGUCUGCAUGUGAUGACUGGGCCCAGGCAGGUGGACUCUUUGGCCAGCUGUGUUCAGGAGUCACCCAACAUUCAAGCGUACUCAGCACCUUGUACCGUAGGCAUGAGGGCUGACUGCCUGGGGGACAGGGAGGGCCUUGCACGUCUCAGAUGUCCUUCCUAUGUUAUGCAGCUUUGUUCCCUCAGGGAAAAUUUAGUCCCCUGCUAGCAAAAUAGAACCAAACUGUCCUUUCAACAGAAGCCAGUCCCUGGCCAAGCACAAACAAGUCCCCUUUGCCAUAUACCUCUCUGCUCCUUUUCCCCUGCCUCCUCUAGGGCAUUAUAGUUUAUACACUGGACCUUCUCCACUUCUUCACCAGACACUAGGCUUCCCCUGACCUUCCUGUGGUGCCAGGGCCUGCUACUAGCACAAGUCAGGGAGGAAGAGAGAAGUACCCAGGAUAGCAUGUAGCUAUGCAUCUUUUUUUUUUUUUUUUUUUUAGUG